AUGGAUGCCACUCAGCUUUCCAUUGGGAUUGUGAUGCUGUUACAGAUCUGUGCUGGGGUCUUAAUGAAUGUCUUCCUCCUCCUGUUUUAUAUUCACAUGUUCUCUGCCAGCCCCAAGUUCAGUUCUUCAGACUUGAUCCUUGCCCACCUAGCCUUGGCCAAUGUCAUGAUCCUUCUUACUUUUGGAAUCUCAGAGACUCUGUCAGCCUGGGGACUGAGAAAUUUCCUAGAUAAAUAUGGAUGUAAAAUCAUCUUUUACCUUUACCGUGUGGCACGGGGCCUGGCCAUCUGCACCACCUGCCUCCUGAGCGUCUUCCAGGCCGUCACCAUCAGUCCCGGCAACUCCCCCUGGGCCAUGAUCAAAGCCAAAUUAUCCAAGAGCAUCAUCCCUUCCUGUGUCCUCUUCUGGAUCCUUAAUCUGCUCAUCGAUUUUGAUGUAUUAAUUAAUAUGACAAGCCCCCAGAACAGCAGCAAUGUUCAAAUCAUGUUAGAUUUCAAAUAUUGCUCAAAAGUCAGUAUCAGUGCAGAAACCACCCUGCUCAUUUCAAUUGUGUUCUCCCUCCGGGAUCUGUUCUUUGUGGGACUGAUGAGUGUGGCCAGCGGCUACAUGGUGUUUGUCCUGCACAGACACCACCGGCUGGUCCAGCACCUUCACAGGCCUGGUCAUUCCCCUGGGGUGAUGCCCGAGGUCACAGCGGCCAAGAGGGUCAUUGCUCUGGUGACUCUUUAUGUCCUCCUCUAUGGGAGACAGACAAUCAUGCUGAGCAUUUUAGUAAACCUGAAAGAAAAAUCCUCUCUACUGGUGAAGAGCCACAUGGUAUUGUCAUUCACCUUCUCUGCCAUCAGUCCAUUCCUGGUGAUUCACAGUGACCGGAGGAUGAAAAUGUUCUGGAAGAGGGAAUCUCCUGUAUCCAAUCUGGAUCCCCCCUAG